AAGGCGUCAAAUAAGAUUUUUAGCCCAAAUAAACCUUUUAUCCUGAGAGGCCCAGUUUCGCGUUCUUGUUCAUCGCACACCAGGCACCAUCACCAGACUUCCUCCCGCUCUCUCUCUCUCUAGAAAAGUUGCCCUACCUUACUUCUCUCUCUUCGCUUUGAAGGUCUCAGCUAUGGCGGCCAAGUACAUCUGGGGCUCUCUCGUUGGAUCCUGUGUCAUUGCUUACGGUUGCGAUUACAUCAUGUCCGAGCAGAAGAUUUUCGGAGGAACUAUUCCAUCAACUGUAUCGAACAAAGAAUGGUUUGAGGAAACCGAUAAGAAAUUUCAGGCAUGGCCUCGUACUGCUGGACCUCCGGUGGUGAUGAACCCUAUCAGUCGUCAGAAUUUCAUCAUCAAGUCUACUGAUUCUUGAAGGUUUUAUGCUUCAUGAUAUAUUUUCUAAUUUUUUGUCGAUUAUUAUCGUAAUUGGAGCUGAAAAAAGGAAGAAAUUGUAUUCAUGUUUUGGUUAGUAGAGUGGAACUCUUUCUAUUGGAUUUGAAAUAAUGAUGCUAUGAAACAAAUCAAUGCUCUUACUUUAGAGAUUAUGCUGCCUUGGUUUUCUGCGGCGGCGAUUGUUGAUAUAAAUUGGUGAUUCUACUUGAAA